UGAGACUCAGAUUUAAGGAGGGUUCUAUAAUUUUCCUCUGCAAUUCUCACAUUUGAUUCCGUAACGCUCCGAAAUUCAGAAGCAAUAACAAAAAAUGGGUUCCAUCGCAAAGGAUCCACGAGAGGACGUCAUUCAGGCAUGGUACAUGGAUGACAGCAAUGAGGACCAGAGGCUUCCUCAUCACCGUGAGCCAAAGGAAUUUGUGUCUCUUGACAAACUUGCUGAGCUUGGAGUGCUCAGCUGGAGACUUGAUGCUGACAAUUAUGAGACAGACGAGGAGUUGAAGAAAAUUCGGGAAGCUCGUGGCUAUUCUUACAUGGAUUUCUGUGAGGUUUGCCCUGAGAAACUACCGAAUUACGAGGAGAAAAUCAAGAACUUUUUUGAAGAACACCUGCACACCGAUGAAGAGAUCCGUUACUGUGUUGCAGGAAGUGGUUAUUUUGAUCUCCGGGAUAGGAAAGAUGCCUGGAUUCGUGUCUGGGUAAAGAAAGGUGGAAUGAUUGUUCUGCCUGCUGGAAUUUAUCACCGCUUCACACUUGAUUCAGACAAUUACAUUAAGGCAAUGCGCCUCUUUGUUGGUGACCCAAUUUGGACUCCAUACAAUCGCCCACAUGACCAUCUCCCUGCAAGGAAAGAAUAUAUUGAAUCAUUUGUCCAAGCAGAAGGCGCUGGCCGUGCAGUUAAUGCUGCUGCUUAAAUUUACUAGAGGCGAAGAAGUUGAAAUCCUUAUAGGCUGUAAUAAAUGUUACCAUAUGGUGGUUGUGUGAUUCCUGAAGUGUGCGCCUCGCUCAGCUUGUUGAAUGUUGUAAUUCGAGCACUAAAUAAAUCUCCUAUGAGGAAAUUGAACCUAAUAGUUAUAUACAAGUGGAGUCUAUGUUGUGAAUUUAAACACUUGUGCUUGUCGAGUGGUCCAAUAUUUCCUGUUUGUGGGCGUAAUUAGCUCUGCCAUUUUUGUUGUUGGAUGUCAAUGACAUAAACUCUUGAACUUGUUCUGUGUCCAACUU